ACAGUGCCAAGUCCAGAACUGAUGGGUAAAUAAUCUAUAAUCAUACUGGAAAUAACCUUGAUAUCUUUCAUCAUGCCCACUAAAUCCAGGAAAUCAAGAUCCCGCAGUUCGAGGCCUGCCAAGAAGACUGGGAGUCCAAAAACACCCAAAAAGAGGUCCUCCAGUGCCAAAUCCACUAAGGCAGAGGUGGACAUCCUCAGCCCAGCAGCCAUGGAGAAUGUCUACUACAUUGCCCAUAAUGCAAUGGACUGUCUGGAAUUCAGAGGCUUUGGCUGGCCAAAUUCAAAUAAGAAGAAGAAAAAGAAGAAGGGGACAAAACGGAAGAAGAAAAAGUAAAUUAUAAUUUUGCCAAACUUAAUAGAUUCCUUCCACCUUUUAGUUAAAAUGAUAGUUACAUUUAAAUGCCUUGCUAAUGGCG